GCUGAAGGUAAGUGUGUAUAUCAAUGAAACGGGAGAUUAGUUGUGUUGUUGCGUAUACACGAAUAUUGACGUUAAUUCCAGAUAACUUUUUUAAUAUCAUACAGUUAAGGUUUUGUUUUUCUUACAGUUUUUUACAAAAGUAAAGUAAAAAUAGCCAGACAAAAUGCCAGAAACGGAGGAAGAGAUGAGUAUGUCAGUUCGCCUGACGAACGACGACUUUCGAAAACUCUUGAUGACUCCGAGGGCGUCGGUACCCUCAGCUACUCCAGCUUCCGUACCAGGCACAGUAAGGGAUGCGAGUGCAAAGACAGCCCAAACGCCCCAAGUUAGCGGGGGCAGUCGGGCGGAGCUGCGGAGGAAGAAGAAGAGCUUCUACGCAAAGUUGAAAAAACAGGAGGAGGAUAAGAUGGCAGAGCUCGCGGAAAAAUAUAGGGAUCGCGCGAGGGAACGCAGGGAUGGUACCAAUCAGGAUUAUCAAGCGGAAGAUCCUAUGAACAAUGCUAGUGCUUACCGAGCCGUUGCGCCGGAUUUGAAAUCCGGCAUGGAUGCCGCAGAACGCAGAAGGCAAAUGAUCCAGCAGUCUAAAUUCUUAGGUGGUGACAUGGAACAUACUCACUUGGUCAAGGGCUUGGAUUACGCUCUUCUACAGAAGGUGCGCAGUGAAAUUGAAGCUAAAGAACAUGAGCAAGAACAGGAAAUGGAGAAACUCGUGAAACCAAAGGAGAAAUUGAAGAAAGAGCCGGAGAAAAAGGAUGACGAGAUGCAAUUUAAAACAAAGAUGGGCAGGAACGUGUACAAGACUAUCAUGAUCAUGAAGUCCAAGCAGAUCGAAAGAAAUGAGUUAUUUACGCCGGGUCGAAUGGCAUACGUAAUUGAGCUGGAUGACGAUAAUGCCGACGUUGACAUACCUACGACGUUGAUCAGGAGCAAAGCGGACGUGCCGACGAUCGACAAUACACCGACUCUUACGACCAACGAUAUAGUAAUUAAUAAACUAGCGCAGAUUCUCUCAUACCUACGCCAAGGUAGUCGACACAGUAAAAAGGGCAAGAAGUUGAAGGACGGGCGGACCCGUGGCGAUGAGAACGAGAUAGAUAUCCAACCGCGGCCGCCGGUCGCCGACGAUAGUAUCUAUGGCGACAUCGGCGACUAUAUGCCAACAGUGACAAGCAAGAAGGACAGCCAAUCCCGCGAUAAAAAGAAGGGCUCGUACUUUGACAAGCCCGAAUCUAAUCUCGAUACCGACGACAAGGCAAAUGCUCCGCAAUUGCCAAGCGUAUUGCAACAAAAUGUAGUAGCUGCGACAGAUAAUAACGCACCUAAGAAAGGUGCAUUGUUGAAUAAGCUAGCGGCCGAGCCAGAAGGUUACGCCGAAUGUUAUCCAGGUCUAGACGAAAUGCAAGAUGCUAUCGAUGAUUCGGACGACGAAGUGGAUUACACGAAGAUGGAUCUAGGUAACAAGAAGGGCCCGAUCGGCCGUUGGGACUUUGAUACACCUGAGGAAUAUAGCGAAUAUAUGAAUAACAAGGAAGCGUUACCUAAGGCGGCCUUCCAGUACGGUGUGAAGAUGGCCGACGGCAGGCGCACCAGGAAGUAUAAUAAGGAGAAGAACGAGAAAGCGGAGCUCGACCGUGAAUGGCAGAAGAUUCAGAAUAUUAUGAAUAAGAGGAAACCGACAACGACGAUCGACGGCGCGUCCGAGUUCAAAGUACCACGAUAUUGAAAUACUUUAACAGCAAAUCUUCCUUUGUUAGAGAACGAAUAAAGACACAGGAUGGCGACAAGAUUAUAAAUUUAUUGCACUUGUCUAAAAGAAAAAUGUACAACUCUCUUCUCGACACGAUAUAAUUUAAACGAUUCUUUAUAAAACAAGGACGUGGAAUGAUGUAAGAGACAAGAUUUCAGCACGAUGACCGAAGAUAUCUACUGCCUACUGCAUCACGAAUAUAUAAUCGGAGUAUUGUGAAUCGAGCAUUUUAUGCGCACUGUUCUAUGAUAAGGAUUUUUCCUCGAGGCGUAAAGUGACUCGAACCGAUUCGAAGCGGUUCAAGAGAAGAUUAUCUCGGGGUGAGACCUUUGCCUGUUUACGACCGAUUGAUAUCGGAGAAUCUUUCCCUCGAACUGGAUCGAUCCAGUUUGGACUCGCCUUUUGUGAGUCGAUUAGAAAAUUUAUUGCCGUCAUAUGAAAGAAGAAUUUUUUCCUCCGAGUAUCUCGAUGACGAAUUUCGUGAAACGUAAAUAUUUUAAAAUGAAAUUAUGUCAAUAUGUUAUGUUCUGUUCUCAUCAAGUCUGCAUCGUAUGCAAAUAUUUUUCUGUAUAUCAAUUUGAAUUUUAGAUCAAUUAAAUAG